CUCCAUCUAGGUGCUCUUAGCCGUCUAGCUCUUCAUUGAAUCCGCAUGGAUGGGUUCGCCGACUCUCGAACCACCCUAACAGUGCGUCUCGGCGACAAGGAUCUCUCCGUACGUACGUCUCUUUUGAGACGCGCUGGAUCGACCGAUAGACCCGGCCGAAGCUCCUGCAAAGCUUUUCGUCCCUGAGAACUUCGAGACAGCGCCUCUCACUGCCUGCGGGUCACCUACGCUCGCCAUCCCUCAGUCGUGCAACUUGGCGUGAAUGGAACUAAUAUACUCAUGGACAACAAUCGUGACUCUACAACUCAGAAGCCCAUCGGCGUCCUUACAGUGCGACUUUUCGUUUUGUUUUUGUAAUUAGGAUCGCCAUCGACGUUUGCAAGAUCUACGAAGACCACAUCUAUGGCGACCAAGCUUUUUCCUCACGCUGUGGAAAGUCCUUACUAUCCUGUCUUCGUCGCAACGUCGCUCUCCAUUGGACUGAUUAUCUCCGCAAUGGUGCUUGAAAGUCCUACACGGUUGACUUUGCCUUGUACCGAUUCCCUGCUUGCGCACGGCUCUACGGCUGCCUUCCAAUUUCGGUUUCUACAGAGGCAUUCGAUCCGUUGCAUGGAUCUCCCCCUUCCUCUCCGCCGAAUGUCGACUUCAAGCGGUUGGUCAGGAAAUGUUCGGGCUGAGCAAGAGCACGUCUGUCAGUCGAUCGUGCUCUGCAUUCUCUAACCGAUACUAUGGUUUCUACCCAGGUAUCUCUUGGACUCGACGUGGCCCGUCUUCUCGUGUCUGAUCCCGCCCUCGCAGGCCUUAAGCGGGUGCGCGGGACGAGAGUACUAGCACACAUGGGGACAGCUCGCCGAUCGUUCACAUCGGUGUUGCGGUUGUGCUGGAAAGGUAUCUCUACACCGCAUCUCUGCGAUCGAGUAGAUAAUUCUUCAUGACGAGGUACUUAAAAGAAUCCAACCGCUAUCCUGUA